AUGGGUUUUCUCUGGCGGACCAAAUCCCACACCAGCCAGACGUCCUCGAUCGACGGCUCGCUGGCGCGCACCGCCUCCGCCUCCAAAAACGACCCAUCCGCCUCCGCCGACCAGGCCGCUGGCACCGCAUGGCUCGCCGGACACCUCAACCACCUCACCCCGGAGCAGGAGGAUAAGCUGCGGGAGUUCAAGGAUGUCUGCGCCGAGCGCGGAUACUAUACGCCAGCAGGCCCCGCGGAACAGGACGGAGGUGAGGAGCAGCCGCCGAGCCACGACGAUGCGACCAUGCUGCGCUUCCUACGGGCUCGUCGCUUCGAUGUCGAGGGCGCCUGGGGCCAGUUUAAGGAUACGGAGAUCUGGCGCAAGGAGAAUUCUAUUGAUUCGCUGUAUGAGAAUAUCGGUGUUGACUCGUACGAGGCUGCGCGGAGGAUGUAUCCCCAAUGGACAGGCCGUCGGGACCGCCGCGGUAUUCCGGUCUACGUCUUCGAGAUCCGUCAUCUCAACACCAAGCAAAUGGCCGCCUACAACUCAACGAUGGCCACCGGCACCCCGGAAACGCACAAGUCGUCCACGGUGCCAGCGCGCCUGCUGAAUCUAUUUGCGCUGUACGAGAACCUUCUUAACUUUGUCAUGCCGCUCUGCUCUGCGCUGCCUCGGCCGAAUCCGGAAACCCCCAUCGUGACCUCGACCAAUAUCGUCGAUGUGAGCGGCGUCGGUCUGAAGCAGUUCUGGAAUUUGAAGAGCCAUAUGCAGGACGCUAGUGUGUUGGCGACGGCGCAUUACCCUGAGACUCUGGAUCGUAUAUUUAUCAUCGGUGCACCCGCUUUCUUCCCCACCGUCUGGGGCUGGAUCAAGCGCUGGUUCGACCCAGUCACCACCUCCAAGAUCUUUAUCCUAUCCGCCUCCGAAGUCAAACCCACCCUCACCUCUUUCAUGGAUCCCUCCAGUAUCCCCAAGUCCUACGGCGGCGAGCUAGACUGGCAGUGGGGCGAGGGACCGAACCUAGAUGAGCCCGCACACGAACUGCUUCAGGGCAUCGAGCAGCCGCUGGCCGAGGGCGAGACCAGGAAGGGUAUUUUGAAGGGUCCAGUGUUGUUCCAGGGUGACAAGAUCCAAGUCCUAGGGACGGAGGACGGCAAGGAGCGGAGGAUGACCAUUCCGGUUCCGGAGCGGAAAGAACAGCAAGAAAAAGAAGAAGAUAAAGCGACAACCAAUGGUGACACUACUGCAGGUAAGCCAGCUAAUGGCGACGUCGCGGACCCCGAACCGGCUAGUAUCGCCGAUGACAAUGAGAAGACCGCCGUCGAGAAUAUCAACCAGGUGUCGGAGAGUGAGGUCCCAACUGCAACCGCCGCUGCAUAG